AUGGCGAAGCAUUCCUUUGUCCAAGCAAAGGCUAACAUUCUUAUUAGUAAGCUUCCAUCAAUUCGUAAGGUUGCCUGGAUAAUGGUAUUAAUUGACGCUGCAGCAGAAGAGAAACUCCCUAUCGAUAUUUUGGAACUAAUCGCUGAAAAAUUAGCUGAUCACGCAGACCUUCUCCGGUUUGGUGAUGUCAGUAGGAAAUUUCGCUCCAUUGUUGUGGAUAACCUUCAUUUGCUUCCAUCAAAAUUACCAUUGUGCCUCUGUGUCCUCCCUAGUAAACCGCCUCCCCUUCCAUUGCUAAUGCAAUGUCGCGACAACGAGUGGGAAGUGACCAACUUUUUUUCUCUCUCUACUGGAAGAAAUCACGGGGAGUUUUUCAUGCCAGAAAUAAGAAACAAGUGGCCUGCAGGAUCCUCUCAUGAGAAGGCUGUUAUAUCAUCAGAUCCUUCAAAGAAGAGGGGAAAUUUGGAUGAUGAUGAUGGUGAUGAUCACAUAUUGGUCAUGGCAAUCAUCUCUCUUUCUCAUGUGCUAUCAUUUUGUAGGAUAGGGGACGACAAGUGGACUAAUGUGGAGGAUUCCCCGCUUCACCUCACUGAUGUUGUCUACUACAAGGGUCAGAUUUAUGCUGUUAAUUAUGAGGGGAUAGUCGUUGUUUAUGAUUUUUCAGGCGACAAGAAGAUGAAACAAAUUGCAAAUUCACCGGAUUUCUUGUGUCCAGCUCAGAGAUAUUUGGUUGAAUCAACAUGCGGUGACCUACUGCAAGUUGUAAGGGUGUACGAUUAUGAAGGUACGUAUAAACAAACAUCUGAGUUUUUGGUGUACAAGCUUGAAGCUGUUGAUGAACUCAUUGAGCCUGAGGAGUACCCUGUGUACUACACCAUCGGCUUCAGAAAACCAGAGAGGGGUAAAUUCAAGUUUAAGUGGGUUAAAAUGGAAAGCUUGGGUGAUCAAGCGUUGUUUCUAGGUCAGAACUAUUCGCUUUGUGUACAAGCAUUAAACUAUCAAGGAUGCAAGCCGAAUUGCGUAUAUUUUACAGAGCACGGUUUAGCGCAGAGAAACAUUCCACGAGGGCUUGUUGAAGAGGAGGACAUGGAUACAGAGUGUUUUUGUGAUAUGGGAAUAUAUGAUUUCGGAGAUAAAAAGUUUCAAAGGUUUAACAAACUGGAUGACAAGUACCAAGUUCCGCCCACGUGGGUCUCUCCAAAUCCAUGGUAG